UUUUCAUAUUGCAGGCAUCCCCUCGCUCCCAAAAUACAGGAUUCCCAGAAUGAAAAAACAAGGACCCAACCUAAGCAGUACUAGUUGGUGUAGAUGGAGUUGGGAGGAGAACAAGACGUUUGAGCUAGCUCUGGCAACGGUUGAUGAAGACGACCCUGUUCGGUGGGAGGUGGUGGCGGCGUCUAUAGUGGGGGGCAAGAAGAGUGCCGAGGAUGUUCAGAGACAUUAUGUGAUUCUCUUGGAGGAUUUAAAGUUCAUUGAAUCUGGUAAAUUGGAUCAUAUACUUGCAGAUGCUACUGCUCUGCUGUCGUAUCCUGUGUUGAAGACGGCUGACAACUAAACUCUAUUCAAUCCAUAUGUACUUGGACUGUUUUCUAUUUUUCAUUAUGUUCAGCUAAUUGUUAUGUGUUCAGCUAGUUGGCUGUAGUCUGUUGAGGAUGGACCGUUUUCUUCCUUUAUUACUGUUCGAUUUAAGCUCAUAAACUUGUAAUUAAGGGCAGCAUAAGAGGGAGGGAUGGAACGAGCAAUGAAAUGAGC